AGAAAUUUUGAGGGUUUUGUUUGCUCGCCAUAGCCAGGGUUGAAUCGCAAUGCCGCCAUUCCAGCGCUUCGCGAUCGCAAUCGCGCUCGCGCUCUUGAUCGUAGCAAAGGUCGAUGCGCAAGUGGCACGGAAGGAGAAUAUCAAGUACCUGGGCUGCGCGGUGUGCGAGCAGAUCUCCAAGCAGCUGUUCGAGAAGGUUUCGGAGAAGAAAUCGAUCAAGAAGAAGCUCUCAGAAUUCGAGAUUAUCGAGCUAGCGGAGAAUAUCUGCAAUGUCAAGAAGCGGGAAAGCGAAUGGAUGUUCUUCCUGGAUAUCGUGCGAGAAGGAAACAAACUCAAGCUCGUGGAGCAGCCGGAAGAAGGAGAAUGCAACACCAAAUGCAGGACGAUCGAACGAACGUGCCAAGAAGUGAUCGGAGACCAUGACACCGAUAUCGCGGAGUUUAUCCACACACACUUACGCGAUCUAUCGGAAGAGGCCAUUUUCAAGUCACUUUGCAAAGAAGUCACCAAGUCCUGCUCAUCCAAACUACCAGCGCUUCCGAAAACGCUAGAUUUGGGAGAGCCCUUCACGCCAAAGCCCACCAAGGACGCGGACAUGGCUAGACUGAUGCGUUCCAUGGGUGACAUGCCUGGAGGACAAGGAAUGAAAAUGUAUUCCAAGGACGAUCUCAUGAACAUGAACAACUAUCCGGCUGGUGACCCCGACGAUGACGAUGACGACGACGAUACCGACGAAGGAAGCAAGCUUCAAUCACUUCUUAAGAAGCAAAACUUGAAGAACCCUGCGAAUCCAAAGAACCAACCCAAGCGAAGCAUGCUAACUCAAGUUCUCGAUCACGUACAAUCCAUUGGCCGUGACACGCUGAGCAGUGCGAGGAAAACGAAGGACAAAGUAACCAAGUAUGUCAAGCGAUGGUGGCGGAGAGCCAAGUCCUCUAAGCAGCGCCAGGCCCAAAAGGUGGAUCUUUGAUGAAGUGAGCUUUACGAGAGCAAGAUUUCCGAGGCAGCGGCGGCUAGCAGCACCGAUCCCAGCGCCGCCAGCGCCAGAACAUCGUUUAACUUAAUAGAGAGCCUGCUCAAGAAGUAGAGCUUGUGUUC